AUGAAGAUCGAAAACGAAGCGGAUCCUUACGUGUGGUUUGCCGACUGUCUGGGACCUGAGCCACAGGACUGGAUGAAGGACGUGGGGCUGGAUUGGUUCGACGAGGAACUGUUGGGCCGACCCGAAUCGCCCGCGCCGUCGGCACCAGUGCCACGACCCGCGGCCGCGGAAAACGGAGGUGACCACCGGAGAUACCUAGGUGGUGGUUACCCGUCGUAUACCAUCGAGUCGUCCGCGUGGCUCAUCCAACAACACCAACGGUCGGCCGACUCCGGCGACGACAACGACGAAGACGACUCGUUGCCACCGCCCGUCUUGCCACCCAUGAUACCCGGCACCAGGAGUUUUUCCGACCAACUGCACAGGAUCCGGAAACCAUACGCCCUAGGCUCACCGCCGUCCACCUCAGCCUCUGGAUUAUUGGAAGUCCAAGAUUUUGAUUCAUUUGGACACACAAUUAUGGCCGACGAAGAAGUUUGUUUUGACAUACCAUUUUUAACGAAUGACCAGGACGAUAAAUCGUUUCUUGCUUCAGAAAAUCAGGUGGUGAUGGCCAAAGACGACUGUGAUGCCAUAAUGUUUGACACAUUCUUGGAGCCAAUGUACCAAGGCAAUCCCUGCGACGGAGUGUUGGCGUGCGAAUGGGAAGGGUGCACGGUAAAAGUCGAUGGGCCAGGUCAAGAACCGCUGGUGCGGCACAUCGAGAAACUACACGUGGACACCGCUCCCCGGGGCGCCUGCGCGCAGUACACGUGCCAGUGGCGGGGCUGCCCCAGGCGCGUGCGUCCGUUCAACGCCCGGUACAAGCUGCUCAUACACAUGCGAGUGCAUUCGGGCGACAAGCCCAACAAAUGCACGUUUGCUGGCUGUCCAAAAGCAUUCUCUAGGCUAGAGAAUUUAAAAAUUCAUCAGCGGUCGCACACCGGUGAAAAACCAUAUUCUUGUCAAUUUUUGGGUUGCUCAAAAGCGUUCAGUAACAGUUCGGAUCGAGCGAAACACCAAAGAACACACUUCGAACAGAAACCUUACGCUUGUACUGCAAGUGGAUGUAACAAACGGUACACUGAUCCGAGUUCACUUCGAAAACAUGUGAAAAACCAUUCGCCACAACCAUCUACGAAGCAUUGGUCCAAAAACAAUAUUUUACCUAAACCUCACAUUCAAUCGGAAUUGGCCAGUACGACAAACACUCAGACAAUACGUUAUCCCGAUGAAAAACAGUUCAAAAUCAAGUUAGAAAAGCCUCAAUGGUAA